AGCUGGCAGUCCCGGCCAGGCGCUGCCCACCCGAGGGAGCCCGCACUCCGCACCCGCCCACCCAACCCUCUGCCCGCCCCACGAGCCGGGCAUCUGUGCCAGGAGCCCUCUUGAAUCAACUGAGAAGGGAUCUGCAGAGCAAACGCCAUGAGCAUCUCAGCUCUCGGAGGCAGCACCAAAGGGAAGCCUCUCCCACCGGGGGAGGAGGAACGCAAUAAUGUCCUCAAGCAGAUGAAGGUGCGAACCACGCUGAAGGGGGACAAGAGCUGGAUCACCAAGCAGGAUGAAUCAGAGAGUCGCACCCUCGAGCUGCCCUCUGGCCGGAGCAGUGCCACAUCUUUGUCAUCAGCUGCCAGGCCUCCGAGCACAAGAGCUCCCACUGGCUAUAUCAUCCGGGGAGUGUUCACCAAGCCCAUAGACAGCUCAUCCCAGCCCCAGCAGCACUUCCCCAAGGCCAACAGAGCUCCGAAAAGCACUGCAGGUCUGGUGAGAGCAGCUCCCGCUAGGCCUCCCCACCCCUCCUCCUCUGGCUACAAGAUGACCACUGAGGAUUACAAGAAGCUGGCACCCUACAACAUCAGGCGCAGCUCAGCAUCAGGGGCCGCUGAAGAGGAGGAGGUGCCCUUCUCUUCUGAUGAGCAGAAACGGAGGUCAGAGGCUGCAAGCAGUGUGGUGAGGAAGACAGCUUCCCGGGAGCACUCCUACGUCCUGUCAGCGGCCAAGAAGAGCCCCAGCAGCCCUGCCCAGGAGACACAGGCCCCAUUCAUUGCAAAGAGGGUUGAGGUUCUGGAUGAGGAUGGGCCUUCUGAGAAGAGCCAAGACCCACCUGCUCUGGCAAGAUCUACUCCUGGAUCGAGCAGGUCUUCCCCGGGCUCCAAAGAUAAGGAGGUCCUCAGCCCCAGAGAGCCCGACAGAGACUUGGCUGGUGAUGAGGCCUUUAAGAGCCCUGAACCAGACCCUGAAAGGUCAAGUUCACAGUCAAGUGAUGGAAAUGUGGGAUCUGGAGCCUCGGGCUCUCCACCUGAAUGCUUGGUUGGAGCACAUAUCAGCUCUGGGAGAGGAGGGCUAUGCUCAGCUGCUGGCUUCACCCCUCUCCCGGAUGAUCAGAACGUGCAUGGUGCCAACUCUCAGCUUUGCAAGCCUGGACCAGCAGCCACCAGCUCUGGUGCCACUUUGGCCUCUGCUGUCCUGGCUGACAGGAAGAGUGACAGCCCAGCAGACCUGGAGGACAUGAAAGCAGACCCAAAGGGUGCCUUGACUGGUUCUGAGGAGAAGAUUGUGGCUGCCAAGGUGGGAGAGGCCUGGCAGGAGAGGCCCAAAACCCCAAGAAGUGACGAGGGAGACCCAGCUGCAGCCAUCCAACAGCCUGCAGACCCCAGCACCUCCGAGUUGCAGAGCAGCCACAGAAGACCUGAGCAGUUUACGGAACUGAACAGCCAGGCCAGCAGUGCCUUGGCUGGGUCUGAGGAGAAGAUUGUGGCUGCCAAGGUGGGAGAGGCCUGGCAGGAGAGGCCCAAAACCCUGAGAAGUGACGAGGGAGACCCAGCUGCAGCCAUCCAACAGCCUGCAGACCCCAGCACCUCCGAGUGGCAGAGCAGCCCCAGAAGACCCGAGCAGUUUAUGGAACUGGACAGCCAGGCCAGCAGGGUGAGAAACCCCUCAAGCUGUGUGGUCACUGUCACCGUCACUGCUGCUGCUGAGCAGCCUCACGUUUAUAUCCCAGCCUCCCCGAGUGAACCAGACUCCAGCUCAACCAGCAAAGGGAUUCUCUUCAUGAAGGAGUACGUGAAUGCUAGCGAGGUAUCCUCCGGGAAGCCAGUGUCCCCACACAGCAUCAGCAGAAUUGAGGACUCAUUCAACAUGGAGAAGAAACCCCCAUAUGACAGCAUCCCAUACUCUGAGAGAACUGGAGGGAUCUGUACUUACUGCAACAGGGAGAUCCGAGAUUGCCCAAAGAUUACCCUAGAACAUCUUGGCAUCUGCUGCCAUGACUAUUGCUUUAAGUGUGGGAUUUGCAGUAAACCAAUGGGUGAACUCCUGGAUCAGAUCUUCAUUCACCGUGACACCAUCCACUGUGAGAAAUGCUAUGAGAAGCUCUUCUAGAUCCUGGCAGUCCCUCCUGCUUAGCACCUCCUCAGCUAGAAGCACAGAGGAGAAUACCUCCCUUGAAGGCAAUAGGAAUGGGUAGCAACAAGGUUCUCUACCAGCUACAAGCCUCUUCCAACUCCUCUCCAGAAGAUGCAUUGACUUGGACUGUUACUCCUGAUGCCUGGAGUGGUCAGCCACCCCAAGCGCCUCUGACUGGUCAUUGGAUUGGAUGUGUAUUUCCAAUCUCAUGGCUACUUCUAUUUUCUUUUAGCUCCCCCAGGCUGAGAAGAAGCUGCUGACUCCUGGACAAAUUUGGCUGUCCUGAGUUGCCCCAAGUUUCCUAACUUCAUCCCUCCCCAUUUGAUUUCUUCAUGCUUUUGCCCUUCUCAAGUUGAACUUGCUUACAGCCAGUAGUAUAUCUUAAUGAUGCUAUGUUCCUUAUUUGUGUGUGUAACUUUUUAUAGCUUAGAAAUCACUUCACAUCCAUGAUCUCAUUUCAGGCUCAAGCAGAAAGGAUUGAACAAGAAUUCCAUCUUGGCUUCCCUAAGACAGGUGGCCUCCUGGUAUGAUAGGCAUGGGCAAGAGCAUGGGGUUCAGUGUGUUGUGACUCUUGGGACAGAGAGCACAUCCCAUUCUGGUCUACAGCUCUGAGUGUACCUUUGGGACUUGAGAGCAGAAGGAGACCCCCUGAAGCUUCUGAGGGCCAGGUUGAAGACUGUUGAUGAUCCCUGGUGGGUAAAUUGCAGACAUUGAAUGCUAGAAAUUGGCAUAGGCUAAUGUUUGGCUUGUCUAUUUGCCAUAUAUAUAUUUUAAACUUUCCAUACACUUUUAAAAGUAGUUAGUUGCUUUUUAUUGAGUUCUAUAGCAUAUUUUAAUUACCUCUUUCUACCCACCUUUCACUAUAGUUGAGUUUUGUCCCACAGGCAUGUAGUCAUGUAUUAGAAAGUUUACAGAAUUAGGUUUAAAUUCUAUAGGAUGUGAUUCUUAGGAGGCUACUGACCAAAGGGACAUCUGUGUCUGAAUCUUGGUAGGUGAUUGAUACCUUUGCCCUCAAUUCCUGAUCCCUAAGCUUUAUGCAGAAAUCCUCUAAAGUAGGUUUUAGGGUAUAUAGACUCCUGCAGGAUUAAGAAGGGAGAAAAGCAGCUAACAUUUCUUGAGGCCUUUCUACAUACCAGGCAUUAUCACAAAGUGAUGAUGUUAAUCCCCAUACUAAUCUUGUGCAGAGGGUAUUCUUGUCCCCAGUUUACAGAUGAGGAUAUUGAGGCUCAUAUAUGAGAGAUGGUCAUUGCAUUGUGCAGAACCAUUGCUGUCUCUCCCUUCUAACAGUAACCACAACAGCGAGCACUGAUUCAGUGCUGAGUAUGUGUCAAACACUGUGCUGAGGUUACCUAUCCUACCAGGUAACACCACCCCCUCAGGCCUCUCCUGAGGCACACUCUUACAAAGAGGAGAAGGUGUGAAAUCACUCCUCGUCUGGCCAUCCUGGGUCGCCCUGUGAAGUACCAGAAGGACCAAACUGCCCCCCUUCUCUCUCCUCCCCUUUCCCUGAAACCGCUUCUGAACUGAGAUGCUCACAGCUGGCAAGAGAUUUGACUCACAGACCUUCCCAAAGAGGAGCUUGUCAAUCCAGGGAAAGCUCUAGUGGGCUAGCCAAUCUGAGCACAGCACCUUCAGUGACCUCCUAUAUUCCAGUCCAGACUCUGUCCCAAGCUAGCAGCAACUACUGGGGCCCCACGUACUCAGAAUGUGGAAACCUGUUGCUGGCUGGACAGGUGCAGGCCCAUUCGUGUGGUCAGCUGACGCUCUGCUCAACUUCAACUGGGCUUCUCUACCUUUGGGACCAGCAUCGCUGUGUAGGCUCCCCGAGAGGAGGAACAACCUGAGAGUUUUCCUGAUGAAAAAUGAGAGCCUCUUCUCUUGAUUUAAUUAUAAAAUAUCUCUCCAUCUCUCCCAUUUCAGAGUCCUAUGCACAUUGACUGGUAGGCUUGUUCUUCUUGUCAAAUGAUCAGGGAGGAUCCAUUUAUUUGCAAAGAGAUGCAUCAGAUUUGCUUUGGAGGGAAAAAGUGGUACAACAUGCCGUGUACUGACACUGAACGUGAGCUGGUGUUCCUCAAGACUAGCCCUUGGCCCAUGGUAGGCACUGACACAUAGGUGCUGAAUGAAUGAAUGAAAAGAAAAGAAAUGUCACUUUUUGGGCAGGAGGUGCCAUCCGUGAGUCUUGGUACUACAGGCCCCGCUGAUGGAGUGCAGGAUAAAAAGGUCCAAGAUAGGCUGGCUUCCCCACCUUCAAGAUACACUCUGCCUUUAAGGGAGUUUUAGAACCAACAUGCAAGAUAUUGAUAGAAAGCUUGCGAGAUCAAUAUUGAUUUCAAUCCAAAACAGCCUCUCUCAAUGGCUAAAAAGGCACAGAAUUCUGCAGACUUAAGGAAAAGGGGUGGUUGCAUCACACUUUUGCUUUUUAAUUGCCUAGUGUGUUUAAUCAUACUUGCUUAACCCACAUUAAUGUACACAAUUAUAAUAAAUGUUAAGAUAUUAUAUGUGUUAAGGUUUCCUUUUUUAAGUGUAAUAACUUGGUGUACCUGGCUGUGUGAUUUAUUUUCUCCUAUUACCUGAAGCCAUUCUCUCUACAAAAGCAAAUAAAUACUUUCAGAAGUAUCAAAUCUAAAGAGAAAAAAAUAGCAAGAUCGAGAAACUAUGCAUGCACAGGG